UGAGACUGCCCCCUGCUGUUAGCUCCUAUGUCGUUGGCAGAAAGCAGACGGACCAACUUGAAGUUAGCUUUACAUGCAAACUGACAAAAGUAGUACCGGGACACUAACUGCUAGUUUUUACACACUUCGAUGGACACUGUUCAGAAAGCAAUGGCCGGAUUUUCUCUGGACCUUGGACCGCUGAAGGAACCUUUGGGAUUUAUUCGUGUCCUCGAAUGGGUCUUUUCAAUCUUCGCCUUUGCCACCAUUGGAGGUUACACUGGGACAACCCACUUCACAGUCAGUUGUCCAGACAAAGACCAACCUGUAGAGGCGUUUUUUGCCUACCCGUUCAGGUUGGCAAUGAAAUCGUAUUGUCGACCACUGUGUAACAGCUCUUCGUGCACUGAGACCUAUCUGCAGGGCGACUUCUCCUCUUCAGCACAGUUCUUUGUGUGUGUUGGUGUGUUUGCCUUCCUUUAUUGCACCGCCACACUCAUAGUCUACCUGGGCUACCGGACCGUCUACCUGCAGACCAGCCGUGGUCCCGUCAUAGACCUGCUGCUGACUGCUGCCUUUGCCUUCCUUUGGCUCGUGUCCUCCUCGGCCUGGGGCAAAGGCCUGACCGAUGUUAAAUAUGCCACUGACCCCAACCGCCUGGUGGAGUUGUGUACCAGCUGUAAAGCAGGAGAGUUUCCUUCCAUGGGCAGGCUCAACGCCUCUGUGAUUUUUGGCUUUCUGAACCUGAUCCUGUGGGCAGGUAACUGCUGGUUCAUUUACAAGGACACUACGUUCCACAAGGAUCCUGCCCCACCCACCACCAUGGAGGAAGGCGGAGCCCCGGGACCCUAAUCAUGUAGUUAGGGUCCCCCAGCACAGCCAUGCACCCUUAAAGAAAGCUUUGUCCCACACUGAUGUAGAGAAAUCCCCCCAGUGGAACACUGGUCUUUAGCAGCCCCCCUUCAGCUCGGUUCCUUUAACGUGUCAAAACCCUAAGCUCAGAUUCACAUCCAGCAGGGUCCCUGAAUGUUGAAGGAAGUCUCCUCCUCUCUUCUGGCUCUGGAGAUUAAAGUGUCAGAGAUCACCACUCCAGCUCAUGUUGAUAUGCUGCUUGACUCUAACAGUCACACUACAGUCUGCUGUGUUUGAAACACUUGUAUGUUUUGAACAUGUCUUCAGAUGGUGAAGGCUUGUAUCACUACAGGCUCAUUACACACUGACUCCAGGAGCUUUUCAGGACACACUGUGCUUACUUCCUGUUUGAUUGCAGUACUAUUACACUACACUGUACUAAAUGUCUAAAUGUAACUCUAGUAACAUUAUUUAUGUUUGACUCUGUUUCCCCAGUUUCAUUGUGCAGCAUCAGUGUAAUUAGAGCGCACUGAUUAGACUGUUUAUGUGUUGUUGAUGCUGGAAUUUGUGUUUAUGCAAAAGGAGAAAAAGCCGUGACUGAAAUAUGUUCUGUCUCAUUCAUUCAUAUCAUUGGGGUGAGCUCAUAUUAGUGAAACACCGGCACCACAUAUCUUAUUAACUUAUUUAACUAAAACAUUCUUUCAUAUCAAACAUCCUUGAAAGAGUAGUUGUCAAACAGCUAACAGAUCAU